AUGCUUCCCACCAAGCCUCAGCAGAUCAAGACGGCGCUGGUCUCCAUCUCAUCGCUCUACGUCGCAGGCUGGGGCAUCUAUUACCUCGCGCAAGAGACGAUCCGCAGACGAGAAUUGGCUUCUCGCAAACGCAAGUACCCCUUGCGAGCGCCCCUCUUACCACCUCACGCCAUCUCAUCCGGUGUUCGCGUCGCAGAACGAGUGGGUGUCCUUGCUCACUCGAACUCCAAAGGCACCUCGACCAAAGAAGACCAGGACAGGAUACGAGCGCAAGAGAUCCUCAAGGAACGAGGCCUCGAUAGCAAUGGUCAUGUCGAUGUGGUCUCACCGCCACCGACGCCAACACAAGGCUCCACAUGGUACGGCGGCGCGACGGACACCGAAGUCAGCAGAAUCCACAGACGCUUCUCUUCGCUCAAGGUGCUAGGACGUUACGCCAAUGUCGUGCCAGAAUGGCGCGAGCAAGGCGCGUGGGAAUGGGUCGCUUGGAAACUCUUCUACAGCGUCUUCUACAAGCCACGCAUCUGGUGGGACGGUGGCUACAAAGCCGAUCAAAGAACGCAAGAGGGACGACAAAAGAUCGAUAUGCUGCUUCCCGUCGAGAAGAUCAAGUGGAACGAGCUCUUUACACCACCCUCGCCGGACUCGGCCAAUUCAAAGGGACCGUCGGUGCCUGCGAUUCGCGAUUCCAAGCAGUCUUCGUUUACUUGGAUCGGCCAGUCCAGCUGCUUGAUACAACUCGACGGUGUCACCAUUCUUACCGAUCCCGUCUUUGGCGAGCAGCCCGUCAAGACCCUCUUCAGUCCUACAAGGAUGCGACCCAUGCCUUGCAGCAUACACGAGCUCCUUGCCAACACAGCUAUCGAUGUCGUCCUGCUCACCCACAAUCACUUUGAUCACCUCGACAUUGACGUCCUUCCGCUCAUACCAAAACACGUCGCCUUUUUCGUUCCGCUCGGUCUCACUCCCCUGCUCAAGCAAUACGGCGUAGAUCCAAAGCGAAUUGUGGAACUCGAUUGGUGGCAGCAGACCAAACUUCCCGUCACCAUCCGAGUUGCGGCCAAGGACAAGGGCACAAGCUCGAGCGUCACGGAGCAACGACGAUGCUUUGACAUCACCGCCGUUCCUGCCAGUCACUGGAGCGCUAGGACGGGCCUAGAUACCAAUCUCACCCUGUGGAACUCGUACGCUGUCCGCGUCUACUCUGAGGCCGAUGCCGCCGCAGGCUCGCGGUCAGGCUCACCGCCUCCUGCGCCUGAGGCGAAGUCUCUAUUCUUUUGCGGUGACACGGGAUACUCGCCUUCCCUUUUCACCGCCAUCGGCCGUGCUCUUGGGCCGUUCGAUGUUGCGUGCCUGCCUAUAGGCUCGUACGCGCCCCGCUGGCACAUGCAGAUCAUGCACAUGCACGUCGAGGAGUCAUUGCAAGUGACUCGCGAUAUCGGCAGCAAGCGCGCCUUCGCCAUGCACUGGGGCACGUGGGCCAUGUCAGACGAGACCUGGGACGACCCCUACUGGCAACUACACAAAGGGAUUCAACAAGCUUCGGACAGCCCAGAGCGCCUCCUCGCUGUGCCCUUUGGCAAGACCUUCCGCCUCUAA